AUGAACGCACCUUCGCUCAACCACGAGCUCGGUGAAUCUCGUAAUUUAGCUCUCAAAAGAUUGUAUAAUUUCGAACAACGUCUUUCUAAAAUUGCAGAUUUAUACGAUGCGAACCGCAAAUUUAUGAAUGAAUAUUUUUCGCUCAGUCACAUGAAACUCGCUACGCGUACAGGCAAAUAUUUUAUCCCACAUCACGCAGUGGUAAAACAAAACGGAUACUUAUCCAAAAUCCGUGUGGUCUUUGACGUUAGUGUGCCUUCGUCAUCUUGUUUGACAUUAAAUGACGUAUUAUGUGUUGAUCCAAAACUGCAAAGUGAUAUAAGUAAUUUGUUACUCAUGUGCCGUACACGUAAAUUUAUGUUUACCGCUGAUCUAGUUAAAAUAUUCCGUCAAAUUCGAAUACAUGAAGAGGACUACACUUGCCAACAUAUCUUAUGGCCACAAUCCCCCGAUCACGAAGUCUCAGAAUUUGAGUUGCUUACUAUUACAUACGGGCUCACUCCAUCUCCAUAUUAG